AUGUUUUCGUUUGCUUGUUCACGUCUUACGCUGACUUCCAUUCGGAUUUAUCUAUCCCAGACUCUUCGCAUCUAUCUAUCUAUCUAUCUAUCUAUCUAUCUAUCUAUCUAUCUAAGUAGGUUCAAAUCUAUCUAUCUAUCUAUCUAUCUAUCAUAUCUCCUGUUCCUAUCUAUCUAUCUAUCUAUCUAUCUAUCUAUCUAUCUAUCUAUCUAUCUAUCUAUCUGUUUUCUAUCUAUCGAUCAUUCUCAGCCUGUUCCUCUCAAUCUAUCUCUCUAUCUAUCUAUCUAUCUAUCUAUCUAUCUAUCUAUCUAUCUAUCUAUCUAUUUCUGUGUUCAUAUCUAUUUCUCAAUCUCACUAUCUAUAUGUCUCAGUGUGUUCAUAUCUAUGUAUCUUAGUCUGCCAUAUCUAUCUAUCUAUCUCAGUGUGUUCAUAUCUAUCUAUCUAUCUAUCUAUCUAUCAAUCUCACUAUCAAUCUAG